AAAAACCCACAUAUACAAUAUGAAAUACUAUAAACUAAUUACACACUUAAAAGAAAAAAAAAAAGAAAAAGAAGCAAGCAGGACGUUGGAUUCACUCCACACAUGACGCACCGCGUUCUUUCUUUUCUUUCUUUUCUUUCUUUCUCUUCUCCUCUCCUUUAUAAUCCCAUAAAACCUCCUUUUUCCUAAACUUCAAUCCUCCCUCUGUUCUUUCUUCUCCCAAAAUUCAUUCUAAAUAAAAAAAACACUCAACUACUUCUCUCAUAAUUUAAUUACUCACCACAAAUCAAAUUUGUUGUUUUUUUUUUUAUCCUAAACCCAAAUCCAAUCUAAUCCACCCAAAAUCACCAUUUUUAAUUUCAUAAUCAUACAUCAUAAUCCAAUCUCAUCAACUCAACACCCACACCCACACCCCACAUCCACAUGCAAAUCUUCCACCACCCUAAUCUUCACCUUCUCUAAAAAAAAUAAAAAUAAAAAAUAAAAAUAAAAAUAAAAAUAAAAAUCCUUUCUUCUGUUAUUUCACCAUGACUAGAAAGUGCUCUCACUGUUCCAACAAUGGCCACAACUCCCGCACUUGCCCAACGCGUGGAGGUGCUGUCGCCACCAACUCAUCUUCUUCAUCUGUUGGUGUUUCUGGAGGUUCUUUUAAUGGAAGUGGUGGUGUUAAAUUAUUUGGAGUGAGAUUAACUGAUGGGUCUUUUAUGAAAAAGAGUGCUUCAAUGGGUAAUCUUUCUCAUUAUCACUUAUCAUCUGCUGCUGCUUCGCCUAAUAAUACUACAUCGCCUUCUCCUGAUCGUCUCGCUGAUGGGUAUUUAUCUGAUGAUCCUAAUCAUGCUUCUUGCUCCUCUAAUCGCCGCACUGAGAGGAAAAAAGGUAAACCAUGGACCGAGGAGGAGCAUCGGUUAUUCUUAGUUGGACUUCAGAAAUUGGGUAAGGGAGAUUGGAGAGGGAUUGCACGCAAUUAUGUGGUGUCGAGGACUCCUACCCAGGUGGCGAGCCAUGCUCAAAAGUACUACAUCCGACAGAUGAAUGCCACUCGUAGAAAGAGGAGAUCAAGUCUUUUUGACAUGGUUCCAGAUAUGGUAACUGAAGAGCCUGAAACUGUGCCUGAAGAUCAAUUGCUUCCUCCACCAUCUGAGCCUAAAGAUCCCGAUAACACAACUUCAUUGCCAUCAUUAAAUCUCUCUCUUAGUACAGAAGCCGAGCCCAUGGAAGCGACCUCCACAGAAGAAGUUAAAGAAAGCAAUGAGCCUCAGGCACUCCCAAACAACAACUUCACCCCCGCUAUUCCCGCUUUCUUUGUACCCAUUCCAUAUCCACAUUCUUUCUGGCCUCAACCAACAACUCACCCUGAAGAAGAUAAUAAAGGUGAAAACUCACAGCAUCAUCAAGUGUUAAAGCCCACUCCAGUGCUUUUGAAAGAACCCGUGAAUGUUGAUGAACUUGUGGGACUGUCUCAACUCAAUCUCAGUGAGACUGAAAAUACCCCUACAGUCUCUCCACAGCUCUCGCUAAAUCUUCUUGGUGCUCCAUCUCGGCAAUCAGCGUUUCAUGCGAGCGCUCCUGUUAGCAGCUCGGAGUUAAAUGAAGGAAAAAACAGUGCGAUUCAAGCAGUCUGACGGGUAUUCCAAUCUGUUGGGUAUCUUCUGUUUUGUCCUGUGUAAUUUAGUCUGUUAUUGUAGCUGAUAAUAGGGUAUCUGUUAGCUCUUGUUAGGAUUUGAAGUUUUUUUUUUUGUUCUUAUGAACGAACCUCUUAGAUUUUUAUUAGUUGAUCCACAUUCUUUCUCCAUGUAAGGAAACUAGAAUAUUUCAAUAAUUGAAAAAGAAAAAGACAAGGGAAGCAAAACACCCGUCUUGUACAUCA